GUGGAAACGACAACCGGCGUAUUUCCAAUUGAGCUAGCGAGUUGUACGAGUCGUUCUUUGAUAAAACGAAAUUCAGAUAAAUUAGUGAAGAUGUCUAUCCUGCCAUUACUGCUCUCUGAUCCCUUCGAUGUACGCCCAUCAAGAAUUCUGGAUCAACACUUUGGUUUGGGGCUGGAUCCCGAAGACCUACUGGCACCCCUAACUCUGCCCUUAGGAACCCGCUUAGUACAUAGAAGUCCUGCAGGAUACUACAGACCCUGGCGUUCUCAAGCAGCAAAUGCUGACAGCGGUUCUAUCGUUACAACUGAUAAGGACAAGUUCCAGGUGAAUUUAGAUGUACAACAUUUUAAACCAGACGAAAUUAAAGUUACUGCCACUGGGGAUAAUACUAUAACCAUCGAGGGAAAGCAUGAAGAAAAGCAAGACGACCACGGCUACAUUUCCAGGCAUUUUGUAAGAAGAUAUGUCCUGCCCGAGGGUCAUGACCUGAAUCAAGUGGUGUCCAAUCUGUCAUCAGAUGGGGUGUUGAGCAUCACCGCACCUAAGAAAUCGCAGGAAGGAAAAGAGGAGAGAGCCAUUCCAAUUCAACAGACCGGUCAACCCAGCAAACCGAUUGAAAAUAAGGGAACCGGCGAUAAGUAGUCAGUUUUUUUUAUUUCGUCCUAUAUAGUAUUGUUCUAUGGCGUUCUUGAAUUUUUUUGUAUUCGUCUUAAGACUGAUUUUGUUUGUAGUCUACUUGUAAGCUAUUUGUUUAAUUCAAAAAUACGAAUAUUGUUACUUGCUUAAUAUUCAUUUGUAAUGUUUUUCAUCUUCACAAAAUAAAAAAUAAAUGUUCACAUUGAAA